AUGGAGUCAACACUCCGUAUGCUCCUCCUCUUCCUCACUCUCUUCCACCACCUACAACCACACUCAUCGGCGUCUACACUCCCCAAAGAAGCUCUCCCCACAAGAUCCGGCUACCUUUUGGUCAAUUCCACCACCGGGUCCGCCAUUUUCUAUGCCUUCUAUGAAGCCCAGAAUCCCAGCGACACUUCUCUUUCUGAAACCCCACUUGUCAUUUGGCUUCAAGGAGGACCUGGUUGCUCGUCCAUGACCGGAAACUUCUUCGAACUCGGUCCAUGGCGAGUGACAGCUUCAAUGAAGCAAAACGUCGAACACCUUUCCCUCGAACCUAAUCCAGGCUCUUGGAACAGAAUAUUCGGUCUCCUUUUCCUUGAUAAUCCAAUCGGAACCGGGUUUAGUAUCGCUUCGACGCCUGAAGAAAUCCCAAGAGACCAAAACGCUGUAGCAAGACAUCUAUUCAUCGCCAUCAGAAAGUUUCUCGCUUUAGACCCAUCGUUUAAAUCUCGUCCAAUCUACAUUACAGGUGAGAGUUACGCUGGAAAAUAUGUCCCAUCAAUUGGGUACUACAUUCUCAAAAAGAAUCCCCUUUUACCCGUUUCUAAACGGAUCAAUUUGUACGGAUUGGCCAUCGGAAAUGGAUUGACUCAUCCGGAAACCCAAGUCAACACUUACGCUUCGCAUACUUACUAUCUUGGUUUAAUCAAUGAAAAACAAAAAACCAAAAUGGAGAAGCUUCAGUUCGAGGUUAUCAAGCUAAUAAAAGCUGGAGGCAUAGUCCUUACGAUUCCAAGUGAUGUGGUUGGGGCAGCAUUGCAUGCAGAUGUGAUGAAGAGUGUGAAGUACAUGGUGGAGUUUGUUGUUAAGAACACUAAGUUACUGUUGUAUCAAGGGCAGUGUGAUUUGAGAGAUGGAGUUGUGUCUGUUGAAUCUUGGGUGAAGAAGAUGAAGUGGGAAGGGAUUGGGAAGUUUUUGGAUGCAGAAAAAGAUGUAUGGAGAGUGAAUGGUGUUCUUGCAGGGUAUGUGCAGAAAUGGGAUAAUUUGAGCCAUGUGGUGGUGUUAGGUGCUGGGCAUUUUGUGCCAACCGAUCAAAAUGUGAAUUCUCAAGCCAUGAUUGAGGAUUGGGUUCUUGAUAAAGGUUCGUUUGCUAUCAAGAAUGCUACGAGUGAUCGUUAA